AUGGUACAAGAGUACACCAAGCAAAGUUGUGUGGGUUGCAAACAGAAACAAUCCACUUACUGGUUUAUAUGGGAAUCUGACUAUCAGCAACGACGGAAACUUUGUUCUUCUCAAUCGAAAUGGGAGCAGCAUUUGGUCUUCAAAUAUAUCAAGAAUCCCAAAAAGUUCAGUUGUACAGCUCUUGGACUCUGGAAAUCUUGUUCUAAGGACAAUGUUAGCACAAGUUCUGGAAGUUACUUAUGGCAGAGCUUUGAUUAUCCAUCUGAUACAUUGUUACCAGACAUGAAGAUAAGCUGGAACAUAAACACCGGUUCAGAACGGUAUUUGACAUCAUGGAAAAGCACUGAUGAUCCAUCUACUGGCAACUUCUCUUAUAAAAUUAAUAUGAAAGGGUUACCACAAUUAGUUGUUGUCAUGGGAUCAAUCAUAAAGUUCCGUACAGAGCCAUGGAAUGGAGUUCGAUUCAAUGGUCUUCCCAGGCCAGCCAACUCUGCUUUCCAUCAAAUUAUUAUGGGAUUUAAAGAAGACGAGUGGUAUUACAAGUUUGAGCCUAAUAAGAAUGUGGCUGCCUCAUAA